AUGCGUCCUCUAAGAUAUACCACUUCUGCUGCAUCAUCGACAGCAGGCCCGGCCCCCGGCCAUUACCCCGCAAAAAUCCGUGAUCUCAAAGAGGAUUCGGACUUUGCAGGACGCAAGAAGGUGAUCAGCGAUCUCAGUCUAGAUUGCCAAGACAAAAAGUACUAUCCGAGAAUAGGUUUUCUCGAGGAAAAGUUAUCUAGGGACUUGAAAGAUGUGAAAUUGAUACGUAUUCCUCAGUUCCGGUCAAAGUAUGAAAGCCUGUUCAAAGAGACCCCUGGACUCCACAAGAUUGACGAUAAAUUUUACAUAGUCAGUGGUAAGAUUCAAAGUAUAAGAAAGGCAGGAAGGGGAAGCUUUUUCAUUGAUCUAAUCCAGGAUUAUACGAAGCUGCAACUUAUGGUUCACCAUAAAGUGAUGGGGCUGGAUAAGGAAAGCUUCUUGGAGCAUCAUUCUCGUUUUAGACCAGGAGAUCAGUGCAUCUGUGUGGGAACACCUGGCACUACUCGUGUCGGGGAGUUGUCAUUGAGGCUCAUUAGACCGCUAGAACUUGCUUCUCCUGCGUUACAUUCAUUGCCGCCCAAAUUGAUGGAUCCUGCACUAAUAAACAGAAAUCGAGUUGUGGACUAUCUAGUGAAUGAGAAAUCCCAAAAGGUGAUUCUAGCACGAGCUAGGAUAAUCUCUUUGAUCAGACUGUUCCUUGAGUCUCGAGAUUUCAUCGAAGUUGCUACACCAGUGAUUGGCUCUGGAAAUACGGGUGCCAAUGCUACGCCAUUUGUGACGAGCUCAGUUCACGUGAAGCAAAAAGAUGACGAGAGUCAGCUAUCGCAACUCAGCUUACGUGUAGCCCCAGAACUAUGGCUCAAAAGAUUGAUCAUUAGUGGCUUCGACAAGAUAUACGAGGUAGGACCGUCUUUCCGAAAUGAAGGUAUCGACGCCACACAUAAUCCAGAGUUUACCACAUGUGAGUUUUACAGGACUUUCACCAGUUUGGAUCAAUUGAUGGAAAUGACACAGAAAAUGAUCAUGGGAAUUGUCAAAGAUUUAGCAAGUCAACCCAAAUUUACGAUUUGCCACGAUAGAAGUGUGCAGCUAAUUAACGAUGUGAAACAGAAUGGAGACGUGUUUCGUAAGAUUGAUUUUGUGUCAGAGUUGGAGAGACAGACAGGAGUUAGGUUGCCGAAGAUGAACGAGCUCACAUCUGUUAAAUUGCUCUCAUAUUACGAUAUGCUAGGUCUUGAAAGGCCAGAGAUUAUCUCCAACUACCAGCUCUUGGACAAUCUUUCAUCGAUUUAUUUGGAACCUUUAUGCCAGUCAUGCCCGACAUUUAUAUACAACAUCCCGGAAAUUCUUUCACCGUUGGCCAAGUCUACAGAGUAUAUUUCAAGAAGAUUUGAAUUGUACAUUGAUGGGAAAGAAUUGGUGAAUGCAUAUGAAGAGGAGAACAAUCCUUUCAAACAAGAGGCUAAAUUCCUUACACAGUUGAAGUUGAAAAAGGAAUUCAACGAUGAGGAAAGUAUGAUCCCAGAUCACAGAUACACAAGAUUUAUGGAGUGGGGAAUGCCACCUACAGGAGGUUGGGGAAUGGGAAUCGAUCGAUUAGUGAUGCUACUCACACAGACUGAAAGAAUAGAUAAUGUACUAACUUUUGGAAGGUUGUCGGAUGUGUUGAAGCAGUGA